AUGUUGCUUCCUGACCUCAGGGGAGCAGAAGAGUUUGAGAGACACCUGAAAGGGAUUGAGCGCGAGACGAGGAUCAGAGUGAGAGAUGGUGCGGUAGGGAGCGGGAAGAUGGCAGGGGAGGCGGAGGCGGGUGAGCGUUGGUUCGUGUUCGCCUUGAACAAGAACUUCACAGACCUGCAACGUCUCUUCAGAGUCGCUACGGUCAUGUGCGAGGACGCAGACGUGUGCAAGGGAUCGCUCGACGAGCGGAGGUUCAGGGUCCACCCGAGAAGCUUCGUAACAGGCGGUAACGGCACGCUGAAAGAGCUUGAGAUCGACUUGCAGGACUUGUUCAUGACUGGGCCGAGGAGGUUCUUCAUAGACUCUGCCAGCGACUUAGACACUAUGUUUCUCCUCAAGCUCAUCAGGAAGAAUGGCCCUGGCGACCUGCUGGUCCUGCUGCGCCGCUGCAACGCUAUGCUCGAGAGCAUCUCCGACAACAUGGGCAUGAAGAAGGUGUUUGGAAGGCAGCUGGAGCAGCUGCUGAGGGGAUGGGGGUUCAACUUCGACCACCAGCAAAGUUGUGUUCUUUCGAACGAGUUUGCGGGUGCCCGAGGUAGACAAGAGGCUCUCCCCUUCAGGCUGCCCCCAGCUCAUACCCAGCAGAGCCUCGAGCAGAUCCGGGUCACGUGGAACGAGCUGCAGAGAGGCGGGGCGGGGCACAAGAAGUUGCUUAUCUUCGGCCUCGGACAUGACUCGGAUUGGUGGGCGUCGGUUAACCCAGGAGGAGAGACAGUCUUUGUGGAGGACAACAAGGACUGGAUCAAGCACGUGCUUCAGUCAGCCCCCAACCUCGAUGUAGUCCAGGUCACUUACAGCACAGUCCUCGGGAGGGACCUGAACAAGUUCAGAGAUCGCGACAAGUGGGGAGAGCUGGCGAUGAAUCUUCCUCCUCGCAUCCUCCAGCACAAGUGGGACGUCGUGCUGGUCGAUGCUCCCAUGGGCUUCGCUCCGGAGAACCCGGGGAGGAUGCAGUCGAUCUACAUGGCGACGAAGCUCGUGAGGAAGGGAGGGCUGGUGGUGGUGGAUGACUGCGAGAGGCCGGCAGAAGAGCUGUACAUGCGGCUGAUGUUGGGGGAGGGGAACAUGUUUCACACGGUGGGGAGGAGGGGGAAAGUGAUGAAGGACGGCACGUUGAUAGCGGGGAACAAGCAAUGCUACUUCCGGAUGUGA